GUUUAAGUUGAUAUGAACGUAAGGAAUCAUCUAAGUCCGGCUAUCCGCAAAAGCACAUUUAAGGAUGUCAUAGGGUUCUCGAUGCGGAACAAGCGAAAAGUCUUCUCCAUUGCUAAGAAAGUUGAUCCAAUAGAAGUAGUUGAUAACUCAGAUUAUGAAGAACUUGAUGACCCCCUUCUUACUAAACGAAGAGAGGAGUUCCUAGAGCAGCUCAAGUCCAUGAGGGUUCACAAAAGAGCCAUCUGAGGUCCAAUGUCGCUCUUUAGGAAAAUGCAUAAGCAGAACAAAUAAGGAGAAAAUAAAAGUUAACCAAAUAUGAAAGUCUUUAACUAAAUAAGUAUACAAGAGUGGAGCGUUCUUAUUCUCGUAGUAACAGCCGUUUAAACAGUGCUUGUAGUGAAUUUGGACACUUCAGUGGCCAUAACAUUUCAACACACAAGAAGAAGUCAAAUUUUGGUAAAUUUGCCAAAAAGGAGUCAGUACCAGUGACCGACUACGAAGUUGAUAAAAUCCUGAAACAGAUCAGAGAUAGACAGAGGCGCACCAAGAGGUAUGAAGAAAAGGUCAAGCUAGCACAAUCACAUAGUGAGGUUUUAAGAGACAGUAGAGAACAAAGAGCUAUUGAGAACCAUAAUGAUAUAAUGAAGCUAUGGAAAAAAGACUCUAAAAGAAUAUCAACCAAGGUAGGAAGAGCAGUAAAGGACUCAGUCUUUGUAAGAUGAGAUGGGUAUCGAAAAAGAAGAGAAGCAUUAUGAGAAAAUUCUCAGAAAAAAUAGCCUUCCAAUGUUCAGUAACAGAUCUAGAGAGUUAAAACAGUAUUUAAAACAAAGAAGAGACAAGCCAUCUCCAGAGAAGAUUUUCUCACAAUAUUCUUUUAAAAUGAUGCUUCGAAGUGAUAAGAGGAAUAAAAAGCUUCAGAAAUCUUCCAAAGAUAAGACCCAUUUAAAUUCUCCAGGGAGAGAAACAAUGUAUGGAAUUUAUAGGGAUCAUCAGAGCUCACGAUCUAUAAAUGGCAGGAACACUUCAGUUGACUCACAAUCCCAUGAAAAGAUGGGCGGCAACUUGUUGACCACCAAGGAUGUUAAAUAACAUGAAGGACUCGUCAAAUCUUCUUCUUCAAAAAGCAAAGAAGAACACUUUUGGCUCUGGAAUGGAUUAUCAGUACCUUCAAGAGAUAGGAUGAUCAAGUGGAAUAUGGUUUCGCAUGAAUGCUAGGAGGCAUAAUCGACCACCUAAGGAGACAAUUAUCCGGAAAUCCUUAUCUUUCUGGAAAGACACCUAUGAAGAUGGUGAUGUUUCAAAAUCAAUGCCUAGGGUUUUACUCAAGACAUCAGAUACGUUACUUAACUCAACAGAGAGAUGCAGUACUAAUGGAAUUUCCAACAGAAGAUCUCGAAUGUGCCUGAAUACUUCCUACUCUGAACUUCCCAUUGGAGGAGGUCAGGCAGACCAGUAUGAAGGGAUAGAGAUAAUUGGAAAAAGCAAGCUCGAGGCAGAGACUCUCUUUGUAAAAAGUAUAAAAGGGAAAAUCAUCAUGAAAAAUCACAUCCUCAAUGAUGAUGGGGAAGGUGAACCUGCCCAAGAUGAAGAAACUUUGUAA